GCACUGUGUCAUGAAGGUGGCGGUGGUUUCGGCACAAGAGACCAAUUAAGAAGAAAGCUGAGAGAGGGGGGAACCGCUUUUGGAUGACAAAGGAUGGGUUUCCGUUUAAUUACGCAGCUGCGAGGCAUGCGCGUGGUGCUAGCGCUACUUUCUACACUGCUGCUUGUUAUGUUCACGGGGGCUCAGAGAGCUUGCCCAAAGAACUGCAGAUGCGAUGGCAAAAUUGUGUACUGUGAGUCUCAUGCUUUCGCAGAUAUCCCAGAGAACAUUUCUGGAGGAUCACAAGGCUUAUCAUUAAGGUUCAACAGCAUUCAGAAACUCAAAUCCAAUCAGUUUGCUGGCCUUAACCAGCUUAUAUGGCUUUAUCUUGACCAUAAUUACAUUAGCUCCGUGGAUGAAGAUGCAUUUCAAGGCAUUCGUAGACUGAAAGAAUUAAUUCUAAGCUCCAACAAAAUUACCUAUCUGCACAAUAAAACCUUUCACCCAGUUCCUAAUCUCCGCAAUCUGGACCUCUCCUACAAUAAGCUUCAGACUUUGCAAUCGGAACAGUUUAAAGGCCUUCGGAAACUCAUCAUUUUGCACUUGAGAUCCAACUCAUUAAAGACUGUGCCAAUAAGAGUUUUUCAAGACUGUCGAAAUCUUGACUUCCUGGAUUUGGGUUACAAUCGCCUCCGCAGCUUGUCCCGAAAUGCCUUUGCUGGCCUCCUGAAGUUGAAGGAACUCCACUUGGAGCACAAUCAGUUCUCCAAGAUCAAUUUUGCUCAUUUCCCGCGUCUCUUCAACCUCCGCUCCAUUUACUUACAAUGGAACAGGAUUCGCUCCAUCAGCCAAGGCCUGACAUGGACUUGGAGUUCCUUACACAACUUGGAUUUAUCAGGGAACGACAUCCAAGGCAUCGAGCCGGGCACAUUUAAAUGUCUGCCCAAUUUGCAAAAAUUGAAUUUGGAUUCCAACAAGCUUACCAACAUUUCCCAGGAAACGGUCAAUGCGUGGAUAUCAUUAAUAUCCAUCACUUUGUCUGGGAAUAUGUGGGAAUGCAGCCGGAGCAUCUGUCCUCUAUUUCAUUGGCUUAAGCAUUUCAAAGGGAAUAAGGAAAGCACCAUGAUAUGUGCGGGACCUAAGCAUAUCCAGGGUGAAAAGGUUAGUGAUGCCGUGGAAACAUAUAAUAUCUGCUCUGAAGUCCCGGUGGUCAACACAGAAAAAUCCCACCUGGUGCCCCAAACUCCCCAGAGGCCUCUGCUGAUUCCUAAACCUACGAUCUCCAAAUCUGACCCCAUCCAGCCCACCCUGGAAGCACCCAGCCCCUCCCCGGGGUUUCAGAUCCCCGGCACAGAACAGGAGUAUGAGCAUGUUUCCUUUCACAAAAUCAUUGCAGGGAGCGUGGCUCUCUUCCUCUCGGUGGCCAUGAUCCUCCUGGUUAUCUACGUGUCUUGGAAACGCUACCCCGCCAGCAUGAAACAACUCCAGCAGCACUCUCUCAUGAAGAGACGGCGGAAAAAGACCAGAGAGUCUGAAAGACAAAUGAAUUCCCCUUUACAGGAGUAUUACGUGGACUACAAGCCUACAAACUCUGAGACCAUGGAUAUAUCCGUUAAUGGAUCUGGGCCCUGCACAUAUACCAUCUCUGGCUCCAGGGAAUGCGAGGUCCCACACCAUGUGAAGCCCUUGCCGUAUUACAGCUACGACCAGCCGGUGAUCGGGUACUGCCAGGCUCACCAGCCGCUCCACGUCAACAAGGGCUAUGAAGCCGUGUCCCUGGAACAGGACGAAACCCCCGGCCUGGAGCUCGGGCGUGACCACAGCUUCAUUGCCACCAUCGCCAGGUCGGCAGCGCCAACCAUUUACCUGGAGAGAUUAACAAACUAA